GACUUGGAUAAAUAUGUUAAAGAAUACUGAACAAUCUUAUCAAUUACAAUGGAAUAAAUUAUUUCAACAAUUAAUUCAUCGUAUUAAUUUAAGUAAAUGGCCAUUAUUAUGUGAAUGUAUUAGUGAAUUUCUUGGUACCACUUUAUAUAUGAUAAUUGGUUUAGGUGUUAUUAUACAGACUAGUAUUGGUCAAUUAAACAAUCAACAUAUAAGUCAAUUAAUGUCAACAUCAAUUGGAUGGGGAAUAGCUGAAUUAACAGGAUUAUUAAUAUCAACAAUUGGUAGAAAACAAUUAGGUUAUAUUAAUCCAUCAUUAAUAUUUGCUUAUUGUUUCAUUGGAAAAUUAUCAUUUCGAUAUCUUCUACCAUUUACUUUAUUUCAAUUAAUUGGAUCAAUAUUGGGUACAUUUAUCAUAAUUAGUGUUUAUUAUGAAAAUAUACAUAUGUAUAAAUUAUCAAUGAAAUCAUAUGAAAAAUUACAAAACAAUUUCACUGGAUCAUUAUUAAUUACUUCACCUGGUGUAUCACAUCAUACCUGUUUAAUAACGCAUAUCUUAUCAUUUGCUAUAUUUACUGGAAUAAUAUUAGUCAUUAAUAAUAAUAAUAAUAAUAAUAAUAAUAAUAAUGAUAAUUAUUAUCUUCCAAAAGAAUUACAACCAAUGUAUAUUGGAAUAUUAGUCAGUGGUAUUAUUGCAUCAUUAUGCUUAAAUAUUGAUAGUGGAUUGAAUCCAAUUAGAGAUUUAGGUGCAAGGAUAGCAAUUUCAUUAUAUGGUUGGGAUAUACAAGCUUUUCAAGCAAAUAACUACUACUUUUGGAUACCUGUGAUUGGACCAUAUCUGGGUGCAGUUAUUGGCUCAUUGUUUUAUGAAUUCACUGUUGGUUUAUGCCUACCUUUGAGUAUUCUAGAUCAUCAUCAACAUGAACAUCAUCUUGAUGAUGGAGAUAUAAUCAACAGCACUGAAGAUUGUUUUCAGAGUAGUCUUGCUGAAGAAAUGAAUGAAGAUUUAUUUGAUAUGACAGAAAUUGAAGAUUAUUUCACAGAUGUUGAUGACUCAUUGUAAUAAAGACGUUUUUUAUAUGUAAAUAUGUAAACAAUCAUAUAUCUGG